UCCAAAGGCGCAGAGGUGGCUCUGGCCAUGGCCACCUUCCUCCCGCAGGUGGUGGCCACGGUGUGGAUCAACGGCACGGCCUUCCUCCACGGCACGCCGCUGGUCUACAAGGAGCUCCGCCUGCCCCCCAUCCCUUACCGCCCCGAGCGCAUCCUCAUCACCGAGGGGGGCGCCUUGGACAACUCGGCCAUCUUCGCCGACCCCCGGGACCCCGCGUACGGCGCCUCGGCCAUCCCCACCGAGAAGAUCCGGGGGAAGGUCCUCUUCGUGGUGGGCGAGGCCGACCGCAGCUUCAACAGCAAGCUCUUCGCCGAGCUGGCCAUGGCACGGAUGGCACCGGAGACUUGUCGCCUCCUUUCCUACCCCGGCGCCGGGCAUUUGAUCGAGCCCCCCGGUUCCCCGCUCUGUAGCAUCUCCAGCAUCCGAGGUCCCCCCCGGCCGGUGGUGUGGGGGGGUGAAGCUCAAGCCCACGCCAAAGCCCAGGAGCACUCG